AUACUUGGAUUUUGCAGGCUGCAUCAGCCGCACUAAUGCACAACCGAUAUGUGUUUGGUUUUACUCAUUGUUUAGUUUAUUAAGCCAUUUAUUUUAUUCGAUUAUUUUGAUUAUUUUUCAUAAUAUUUAUUCAGGUAAAACACCUUGUGUACCUUUAAGAGAUUUUGGUCCACUGAAGGACGUCCUUUUCUAACACAACGGUAGAAAACGGUUUAAAUAAUGAAUCGACGCAGGAGAGCGUCAUCAAUUGCUAGUCGCGCAACUGAUGACGAAGUUGAAAAUUCACCAAUUGAGCACAUACGCAAGAAAAGACGAGUGGAUCCGGUAUAUGUGGACAUAGUUCAAUCAGUUUAUGAUACAAUAAGAAAUUUCAAAAAAGAAGAUGGCAUGCUAUUAUGUGAUAGUUUCAUUAGAGCACCAAAAAGAAGACAAGAACCAACAUAUUAUGAUGUUGUUUCUAAUCCAAUAGAUUUGAUAAAGAUUCAACAGAAAAUUAAAACAGAUGAAUAUGACGAUGUUGAUGAUUUACAAGCUGAUUUGGAACUUCUUACAAAUAAUGCCAAGUCGUUUUAUAAGAAAAAUUCUCAAGAGUAUAAAGAUGCAGUAGAGUUGUGGGACGUAUUUUUAGCAACCAAAAAUAAUAUUUUAGAAAGAGAAGGAACACCUAAAGAAAAACUUGUGAUUCGUGUAGGAAAACUAGGGAAAAGAGGUGGAUCAGCAGCCUCAAUGUCAAAAUCUGAACAGACAGAUGAAGAAGAGAGUAAUUCAUCAGUUGUAGGCGGGGAUGAUGAAUUAGCCAUGUGUGAAGACUUAUUUACUGCUGUUAUGUCUGCUACAGAUAACGAGAAUCGUUUAUUAUCAGCAGCAUUUCAACUCUUGCCAUCAAAAAAGCGUUAUCCAAAUUAUUAUGAAGUUAUUGAAAAUCCAAUUGAUUUGCGAUCCAUUGCUCGUAAAAUACAAGAUGGAAAGUAUGCAAACUUAGCUGAAAUGGAACGAGAAUUGUUGAUAAUGACUAAAAAUGCAUGCUUAUUCAAUGAACCUGGUUCACAAAUAUAUAAAGAUGCUAAAACAUUAAAAAAAGUUAUUACUAGUAAAAAGAUUGAAGUAGAUCAUGGAAAAUAUGCACCAAGCAAAAGUAGCGAAAGAAUACGGGCCAAACGUAUGAGAGGAAGUCAAACAUCAAUGUCAGCUGUAACUGCUGCUUUACAAUCUGAAGAUGAGGAAGAUUCAGACUUGGAUGAAGAUACUGUGACUGAUAGCCAAAGUAAUGCUGAUGGCCCAGAUAAUCCUAGAUGGCAGUUAUAUAAUGCUGUUCGUUCUGCUACUGGAUCGCAAGGAAAUUUGCUUAGCGAUUCAUUCUGGAAAUUACCAUCCAAACGGUACUAUCCUAAUUACUAUCAUGAAAUUAGAAAUCCACUUUCAUUAAUGCAAAUUGGCAAAAAAUUAAAAAAUGGUGACUAUGGUACAGUCAGUGAAGUGGCUGGGGAUAUGAAUGUGAUGUUAGAAAAUGCAAAAAAAUAUUUCACCCCUGACACAAAACAGUACAAGGAUGCUGUAAAAUUACAAAAGGUUAUGCAAACCAAGGCUCAAGAAUUGUUAGAUUUAGGACAUCAAUAUUCUGAUAGUGAAGACGAUUCUGCUGAUGAUGAUUUACAAUCAACAUCUCGAACAUCUAAAAAGUUUUCUCGAUCACCACGAUGUCUUACCCGUGGAAAAUACUUGAAUAAUAUUCCUCUAAAGAGACGUUUGUAUGCUUUGUGCAAAUGUCUUAUGGAUUAUACAACUGAACAUGGCCGUGUACCUAUGUUAAUGUUUAUGGAGAGACCAUCUAAAAAACUUUAUCCUGAUUAUUACAAAGUUAUAGCUGAACCAAUUGAUAUGCUGACAAUUGAAGAAAAGAUAAAACAAGAAAAAUAUAAAAGUGAAGAUGAAAUAUUACAAGACUUUAAAUUAAUGUUUGAUAAUUGUCGUCAAUUUAAUGAAGAAGGAUCGCUUAUUUUUGAGGAUGCAAAUACAUUAGAAAAAGUAUUAUUGGACCGUUCAAAAGAAUUGGGACCUGUGUUGACCAAACCUAAUAAAAUUGUUUCAAGUUCAUUGUUGAAAUUCCGAAAAUCUCAACUUCCUCAAGCAACAUUACAAAAAAUGCGUACAUUGUUCAACACAAUCAAAGAUUUUAAAGAUCAAAAAGGUCGUUUGUUAUCUAUUAUUUUUAUGAAACUACCAUCCAAAAAUGAAUAUCCAGAUUAUUAUGAAGUGAUAAAAAAACCUAUUAAUUUGGAAGUAAUAUCCCAAAAGUUGAAGAAUAAUUUGUACGAAAGUCUUGAUGAUUUAGCUGCUGAUUUUGUGUUAAUGUUUGACAACGCUUGUAAAUAUAAUGAACCCGACUCUCAAAUUUACAAAGAUGCAUUGACUUUACAAAGACUCACAUUGCAAACAAAAUUACAACUAAGAGCAGAUGAAGAUAGUACACCUGAUGUACAAAGUGCAGUGCAGGAAUUGUUAACUUCAUUAUUUGCUAGUGUUUAUAAUCAUCAAGAUGAGGAAGGUCGAUGCUUUUCUGAUUCUAUGGCAGAACUUCCUGAACAUGAUGAUAUUGAUGGCAACAAGGUAAGAGGCUUAUCUCUAGAUCUGAUUAAACGGAGAUUAGAUGGUAAUCAGUAUAAAAGAUUAGAUACUUUCCAAGAGGAUUUAUUUGCUUGUUUGGAACGAGCCCGUCAACUUUCGCGGACAGAUUCACAAGUAUUUGAAGAUUCUAUUGAAUUACAAUCAUAUUUCAUUAGACAAAGAGAUGAAGUAUGCCGUAAUGGAGAUUUGCUAAAUUCACCUGCUUUGAAUUAUUCUUUAUUGGAUUUAUCAUUAUCAGUAAAUGAUAUGAGAGAAAGAAAAAUGGCUGAAGAAUCUAUUAGUGGUAAUCCAGAAGAGGAUGAAAUUAAAACAGAAGAUAGUGCCUUAGAAGAGCAAGAAGAGAAUACACCACCUCAUAUUGCUGGCACUGCAGAUGAUUCUGUUUGUGUUAAUCAUUUAGUUUAUAGAGUUGGCGAUUUUGUUUAUGCAGAACCUCAAGAACGUGGUCAAGAUCUUAUGAUAUUAAAUAUUCAACGAUUAUGGACUAAUCAAGAAUCACAACAAAUGUUGUAUGGAAAUCAUUUUUAUAGACCUAGUGAAACUUAUCAUUUAUCAACUCGAAAAUUUUUAGAAAAGGAAGUUUUUAAGACUGAUUUAAAUAUUACUAUACCAGUUAGUCGAAUUAAAGGCCGCUGUGCUGUUGUAAGUGUUAAAGAUUAUUUCCGCUAUCAACCAAAAGGAUUUGAUGAAAAAGAUGUAUAUGUGUGUGAAUCUAGAUACUCAUCUAGAUGUAGAAAUUUCAAAAAAAUCAAGAAUUGGGCGUUAAGCUUAACAGCUCCAUGGAAAUUAGUUGAGAGAGAAGAACCUUUGGAUCCUAAACGGGUAAUGUCUGUAUUCCGUGACCGUGUUGAAAAACAUAAAGAAGAAAUAGCAGAACUUGAAGAACAUGAAAAAAUAAUUGAAAAAGAAAAACCAAAUGUAAUAAUACAAAAUCCUCCUGGAGUUAUUGAUGAUGGAAAUGUUUAUUAUGAACAAUACAACACUCAUGUAGGUAUACUCAAACCGGGUGAUUUUGUUUAUGUCAAAAAUGAACAAAAUCGGAUAGUUCAAGUUGAUAAAAUUUGGGUUAAUAAACAAGGAGCUUUUGUUUUUGGUCCAGUACUGCUAACCCCUAUAGAUCUUCCAAAUUUUUCUGGUAGACAAUUCUUUAAACAAGAAGUUCUGUUAACUAAUAAUGAGGAAACUGUAUUAAUAUCAAAAAUCACAGGAAAAUGUUCUGUGUUAGAACAUGCUGAAUAUAUAUCAUGUCGUCCGGCGGAAAUAGCUGAAGAUGAUGUUUAUCUUUGUGAAUCGAUUUAUGAUGAAUCUACAAAACAAAUAAAAGAAUUGCCUAAAGAUGGUUUAAAGAAAUAUACUCAUUCUCCAGCUGUAAAUCAAGAUGAGUUUUAUUUCUUUAGGAGACUCAUUCAUCCAGUAAAAGUUGGAGCUACUGAAAACAAUACUCAAUCAAGUGAUGUCAAAACUGUUUAUAACCAACAUUAUGAUUCUGUAUCUAAUGUUAGUUCUCCAGCUAUGCCAAAACUAGAACCAGCUGAUACAAUGACAGAAGAUUCAAUGGAUGGAGGUCCACCAUCUGUCAGCUCUUCUGACUUGGGUGAACGUACAUUGAAUACUUCAAUAAUCAUGUCUACUCCAUCAUCAUCUAGAAAAAAGAACCCUAAUCACAAAAAACUUGUCACUGGUUAUAUAUUAUAUACAAGUGAUGUACGAAAAGCUAUUGUACAAAAUAAUCCAGAUCGUAGUUUUGGCGAAGUUAGUCGUAUUGUUGGAAAUGAGUGGCGUAACUUAUCACAGACAGAAAAAAUGGCAUAUGAAGAACGUGCAAAUAGAUUAAAUGAAGAGAAUUAUCCACAAUGGCGACAACAGACACACCAAGCACCAACUCCUACAGAAGGUUCUGAUUUAAUUUGGGAAUGUGGUUGGGAUAAUUGUGAUUGGCAAUUUGAAGACCAAUCAGAUUGUUUAGACCAUGCUGUAGCUGAUCAAUAUGGACAUGUGCAGACAUUCUUUGCGGCAAUUCCUCCCAGUGAAAUUGAAUUUCAAUGUCAGUGGAGAGGAUGUCUUAGAGUUAAAAAGACUGGUAUUGCUCCAUUUCCAAGUUUACAUCGUCUAGUUAGACAUGUAAAAGAAGUGCAUAUACUUAAAAAUCCUGGGAAACCAGUUCCUUCAUCAGAACGCAACAAAAAUUUAAUGUCGAGCACUCGCUCAGUCAUUACUACCACUUCUGUUUUAUCUGUGGCAUCUGUAUCUCCACCUCCAGUUGAAAAUUCUAAUGUUGGAGGAGCUGUGAAUGUUUUAAAUCAGAUAAAUAGGAAUACUCCAUCGCCCAUGUCUCAAAAUGGUUCGGCGAGUAAUAAUAGUAUUACUAUUAGCAAACAUCCUGAACCAUUAUUUGUAACUGUGCCACCAAGACCUACAAGAGUAUUUCAUUCUGAAGCUUAUAUCAAAUAUAUUGAGAGUUUAAAUCUGGAAAGCAAAUCUAAUUGGGAACGUCAAUUGAUUGCUACACAAGAAAAUACCAAAGGACCAGAUGAUCCAAAUUCGCUUCCAGCUAUACAAUGGUUGGGAAAAGGAAUUGGUAAUCAUGGAAACGUAUUAAACGCUUUGUGGGCACUAAGAAAUUUUAUGAUGAAAGAUGCCAUGGGUCUGUCAAAAACAGAUGAAUAAGUCACUGAUUUUUGAUAUAAUUUAUAAAACAGAAACUGUUUUGUCAAACUCACUUAGUAUUAGAAAGUUUUUUUUUCAUUAACAUUAAUUAUUCAUCAAGAAGAAAAUUGCAUUAGUUUUUUUUUACUAUUAUCUUAAAAAUAUAAUUUACAAUUUACCUACUAUAGAUAUUUAAUUAUAAACAAAUGAUUUAUAUUAUA